AUGCUGUUAAUACAAUUUGUCCACACGAUCGAGUCGGAGUCGCCACACAAGCUCUUAGGAGUGGUCAUCGACCGAGAGUUGCGCUGGAAAGCGCAGGGAGUGGCGGCCGUGGAAAAGGGCAUGGCGUAUGCCAUGCAGUUCCGUCGACAGUCUCGAGUGUCGAUGGGCCUUUCAGCCAAAAUGACGAUGCAGCUUUAUAAAGCCAUAGCCCUCCCUAAAACACCCUACGCUUGCGAUACAUGGCUUAUACCGCCGUUCGUGGGCAACUCGUCCUAUGCACAGCGCGGCUCACUAGAGAUGAUUCGGCGGAUCACAAGCGUCCAGCGUGUCGCCGCCGGCACGUCCCUCGGAGCAAUGUACGGAACAGCUACGGGGGUACUCGAGGCUCACGCGAAUCUCCUACAGGCAACGUUGCUAGUCCAGCAGUUCUUCCAUAGCGCGGAGACCAGGCUGGCUUCGCUCCCAGACACACACCAGCUACUCAAGCACCUCAGGCACAUCGCACGUCAUAUUGUCGGCCGUUCGCGUCAUCGCUCGUUGCUGCAUAACUUUGUUCAUAGUUUUGAUCUUCCACCAGGCUCAGUCGAGCCCAUGUUCUAUCAACAUGCGGUACCUCGUGCAGAGGUGGGGAUUCAGACAGCCAUUGCAAAAAACCGAGAUGAGGCAGUCACCGACCACGGCCGGUACUCCGAGUACGUACGAGUGGAUACAGAUGGAUCCGCACAAGAGGGGAGGGUAGGCGCGGCUGCGGUGCUAACCGCACCCAACGGACCGUCCCGAGCCCUCCGUUACCAUCUGGGUACCACCACGGAGCACAACCAUCCGAUGACUAUCGCCAUAAAUACUAUGCUCACAGCGUCUCGAAGAUUUGGACGUACUACUCUGGCCCUGACCUACCCAAGUACAUUUAAAUAG